AUGCCAUCUCGUACAGACUCGCCCCUCCAGGUCGCCAUUAUUGGCGCCGGUCUGGGUGGUCUCGCAGCUGCCGUGGCACUGCGUCGUCAGGGUCAUGCCAUUACCGUCUAUGAGCGAUACGACUUUGCCAACGAAGUCGGCGCGUCGCUCAGUGCAGCCUCCAAUGGAUCGCGUUUCCUAGAGGAAUGGGGCGUCGACGUGAAGGCUGCGAAACCGGUCAUUCUGAAACAACUGAUCAUGCAUGACUGGUCUAGCGGCACGGUGCAAAACACAUAUCCGCUGGGCGACUACAAAGCCAAGUUCGGAACGGACUAUAACAACUUCCAUCGAAUUGACAUCCACAAUGAGCUUCUCAAGUCGGCCUUCGAGGCACCCGGGCAGGGUCCUCAGUGCGUCCUGAAAGUCAACCACAAAGCAAUUGGCGUGGACGCGGACAAGGGUCGGAUUCAAUUCGAAAAUGGCGACGAAGCGUCAGCCGACAUCAUUGUGGCUGCGGAUGGAAUUCGGUCUCUGACACGUACCCUGAUUGGAAUCACACCCGACUUUGAGAUGUCAACAUCCUGUUGCUACCGCUGCAUCAUUGGCGCCGACAAGCUCCGGGAGUUGGGCCUCGAGGACUAUAUUUCAAACGAGGCCAUCGAGUACUGGGGUGGAUUUGGUAUUAACAAGAUUGUUAUGUCGCCAUGCAGCAACGGCGAGGUCGUCAGCUGUUAUUGCUUUUAUCCAGCCUCGCACAACAACCUGCGCGACGACGGAUGGGACAUCAGUGCGUCACCGCAGCAGCUAGCUGACACCUUUGUCGAUCUCGACCCGCGCAUGAGGACUUUGAUGCUGAAUGCCGACGAUAUCAAGAUGUGGCGCUUGUAUCGGCAUCAGCCCUAUCCGUACUGGGUCAAGGGCAAGGUCUGCCUGCUUGGGGAUGCCGCACAUCCCAUGAUGCCGGACCAAUCGCAGGGCUCUUGCAUGGCCUUUGAAGAUGCCGGAGCCCUGGGUCUCAUCUUCCACAAGGAUUUCCGGGCUGACUAUGGAGUGGCAGAGGGGCUAGAGUUGUACGAGUCAUUGCGCAAAGAGCGUGCCACUCGUGUGCAGGAGGCGAGUUUCCGGGCUCGAGAAGAUCUGAACGAGCGAAUUGGCUGGAGCUCAACAACCGAUCGACCUGGGAAGCUGACCAUCGAGGAUGUCUGCGGGUAUAAUAUGCGGGAGCAUCUAUUGGAAGUACGAGAGCGCAAUUAA